CUAACCCCUGCCCGCUGCAGGGAAGAUGGGAAAGUGACAGUUGGAAAUGUUGCAAUAUGGGAAAUAAGUGACACAAUGUAUAAGCUCCUCUGCCGCCUGCCUACUGAACUCCUGCUACGUCCCGACUACGCUACUGUGCCGCCUGCCCUGACCUACUGCUAUCCAGACUACGAGUUGCCUCAUCCCUCCUGUGCCUCGCAUCUCCUCAGCCACCUGUGUGGUCGAGCUGUGCCAGGGGUAGCGACCUGUGUGUCGCCUGCAGCUGCGAGCCCAUCCUGCUUUGCGGCGGGCUCUGGUGAAGACCAGCGGCACCUUAGACUCCACUCCCUAGUACGGUCCGAGUCAUCUGCCACACAGGUCCAGCGGAUCCGCAUACACCGGAGUUCCUGUCUUCAGAAACAUAUGGACACUUCCUACCCCCGUGAAGACAUUUUCAUGACCCACCCCAACAAACCAGAUAAUGCUCAUACUGUUGUCGAUAUUGGAUCCCCUACAGCUCCCAGAGAUCAUCUGCUCUGGUCCUUGUGUAAUACUGUUUACCUGAACCUCUUCUGUCUUGGAUUCAUGGCACUGGUCUACUCUGUCAAGGCACGAGACCAGAAGGUACAUGGGAAUGAGCUGGCUGCUCGACGCUAUGGACGGAAGGCACGAUGCUACAAUAUCCUGGCCACGAUCUGGAACAUUGCGCUGCCUGCUUUUAUACUGGCCCUGGUGAUCACAGGCAUUGUGCACCUGUCUCAGGUGGUAAAUGCUUCCCUCGAUUUCUUCAAUCUUCAAAGCUUCAUGGGCAAUACAGAUGAUGACAGCAAUUGACCAAAAGAAAAGCAAUAGUUAUGCAGUGACCAAAUAGUAAAGUAUAGUCAAAAGUGGGAAAAACCCAAUGAUAUUCAUUGUAGUGACUGCUGGAACAAUCUACAAAAUCGACUUACUUGCAAAAUCAUUUAUUCUUAAGAACAGUUUGUACAUUACAAGAUAUGGUGUUGACGUGAUACUCCUCUCAGAUGACAAACAUGAAGUCCAAGGCAGAACUCCUCUUGGACACUGUUGGACGCGGCUCAUCGGUACAAGAUAAUACUUUGGCUAAUUCUUGUUCUUAUAGAAUAGAAGGCCCCGGUAUCAAGGCCAAGUGAAUCCAUGAGAAAUUCUGAUUAUCAGUCAAGUUAACAUGAGUACUGAAAUAUUUAAUAUAUGACAAUUCAAGACAAUGGACAGUUGAGAUGUAUAUGGACUAUAUAGAUGAUGCAAAACCAAAAAGUGUGUGUAGUCAGUACAGAAGAAGAUGGGAGAAUAAAUAAAAAAUUAUAAAAAAUUAAAACAAAUUGUCUGUUUUUUCCCAACGAAUCACAGCUCGACUUUCAUUUUACCACAGCUUGUUAGAAUAUGAAAGCUGAGCUGUGAUUGGUUGUUAUGGGGAAACCAGACAGUUUUGGUUUUUACAUAUUAAAUUAUUUUUACCAUAACGUCAAGUCAAAAAUCACUUAAACAUAUCACUACCAAAUGGUGUAAACAAUAUGACUGAUUUCAUGUAUCUACUUUAUGUUCUUAUAAAAUAAAC